AUGUGCACCACUGUCACUGGCCAGUGGUUCCAGCGGGCUCCAGCGAGGCGCGUGCUGAGACUCCACCAGCAAUCGUACCAGCAGAGGUGGUACCUGAGUCUGCCUCGAACAACCCUGCUGCCAGGGCAGAUGCAGUGUUCCAUCGCCCUGCAAGGCCACUUCCACCCCUGUCUCUGGGCCUUGCUCUGUGGCCUGGUCACCGACCUACCAUAUCAGGUACCUUUUAUAAGCUCUCACAUGGGCAUGACGACCUCCAAAAGCUCAAAGUCGUCGUCCUUUCACUCCCUCACCAGCGACGACGGCAGUGUCCUUGCCGACAUUGGCCACUUUGAGGACAUUGGGCUCGACGACGAGCACAGCACCACCCCCAAGGCCUCGGCCCAAAUCCUCACCCGCCGCAUCACAUCGCCCACGACCAACGGUGCCGCUCCGGCCGCUGUUGGACGCACCCUCGCCGCCGGCAACGCUAAAAGAGCGCCGGCCCCGAGACGCUCCUUUCCUAAUCUUCGAAAUAAUGUAUAUUCCGCCAACCCGCGCAGCACUAGCACUGCUGCCCUGACCGACCCCCGCCCUAUUACCUUGAAAAAAGGGCAUUCCACCACCUCGCUACCCGUCCAUCGCCAGCGCAGCAUCAGCCCGGCUCUCCCUAGUCCGUCCCGCGACGGCUCCUUCUAUCCUCCUCGCCCGCGUCGAGGCAGCUGGCAAGCCAAUAACGACCGCAAGUCCAUAUCCGAUCUCGAGCAAGAAUGUGACGAGGACGAGGACGAUGACAUCCCCGACGGUCUUGUCCUCGACAAUGUUCCCCUAUCCCCUCGCCCGCAGCAUGAGCGUCCGCCCAGCCGAAUAACAUCCACAAGCACCUCUCCCGAGAGAACCACAAAGGAGCGAGUUCGCAGUGUCGGCAAUGGCACGCCUGCCGUGGCCCAAGCCCAGGGAUCGCUCCGAUCGCCCACCUGGAAAUCCGACGCAGAGAAGCGCCCAACGAGCCCAAUGAAGACACGCGCCUACAGCUGGAACCUGGCUCACGCCGAACUCAAUGCCGAAGCCCGUGCUCUUACCGAGAAACUAGAGGAGCAUGCUGACGAGGUUGAGGUGGUACAUUCGCGCCGUCCCUCUGCUGCCCGUCCCAACACCUGGGCUUCCUCUCAGACGCUGGAUUAUGCGUACGACCGCAAAGAGCGCGGCAAGUCCUCCACCCCCGAGCUACCGCCCCUGCGUCGAACAGACAACAUGGUCGACCCUCUGCCCAUUUCCAAGGAAAAAAAAGCUGUUCUCAGCAGAACGCGCCCGUCGUGGCUCCCUCCCAAGGACCCCGCCGAGGAGCGUCGCCAUGUCAAGCAGUACCAGAGGAUGAUGGCAGCCAGCGUCAAGGCUGACGAGCGUCGCGAAGCAGCCCGAAGAGCCCGGACCACGCACCGUGACAACAACGCAGAGACUCUGAUGCAUCUGUGGGAAGAUGACAUCAUCCCACGCUGGAACGACGCCAUUCGCGAACGCCGCACCCGCGACAUGUGGUGGCGCGGAAUUGCCCCUCGCAGCCGUGGCGCUGUCUGGUCCAAGGCCAUUGGCAACGAGCUUGGAUUGUCUGCCGCCUCUUUCCGGGCCGCUCUGGGCCGAGCCCAGGGCGUGGAACAGCGCAUCAAAGAGGGCGAGGCGGAAGAGGGCGACGAAGAAAAGGCUACCUGGUUCCAAGAUAUCCGCCACGCCGCUACCAACAAUACCUGGACCGAGCUGCGCAUCUUCCAAGAAGGAGGUCCUCUUCAUACAGCCCUUGUCGACGUGUUGUCUGCGUACGCCAUGUACCGCGUCGACAUCGGCUAUGUUCCUGGAUGCAAUACUAUUGCGGCACUUUUGCUACUCAAUCUUCCCGAUCCCGAGACUGCCUUUGUCGCCCUCGCCAAUAUUUUGAACCGAUCUUUGCCGCUGUCCUUUCAAACAUCCGACGCUACGGCGCAGGUGUCUGCUUACAACCUCGUUCUUCGCACCCUCAGCCACAAGUCGACGACGCUCCACGACCACUUGACCACCGGUGUGCCCGACCUUGUCCCGGAGGUGUACCUGUGCAAUGUCUUCUCCAGCAUCUUUACUAGCUUGCUCACCAUUGACGAAGCCGCUCGCCUGUGGGACGUGUACGUCUUUGAGGGCGAUGCGCUGCUGGUCCGCGCUGCUGUCGCCGUGCUGAUGGAGCGCGAGAUGGACCUGCUUGGUAGCAAGACGCCUGACGAGAUUUGGGCCGUCAUGGCCAAGGCAUCCACCAACAGCACCGUACCUCGUGCGGUUGGCAAGAUUGGCGUUGAGGACAGGUUUAUUCAAACGGUCCGUGACGCCGGCAAGGCGUGA